AUGAGGCAGCAGAUGCACGACAUCAUUGCUAUAUCGAACCAAAUUGGCCACCUGGACAUCUUCCUCACUAUGACAUGCAAUCCAAGCUGGCCGGAGGUCACAAGACCCCUACUGCCGAACCAAACGCCUCAGGACAGACUGGACCUGUGCGCCCGUGUGUUUCGUCUGAAAAUGAAAGAUCUCAUGUCCUUGGUCAUCAACGAAGAAGUAUUCGGAACCGUCGUUGCCCAUGUACGAGUCAUCGAAUUUCAGAAACGCGGUCUUCCCCACGCUCACGUUGUAUUUUUCCUAGAUGAAGUCUCCAAGAAUGAUCUGCGUACUCCCGAAAACGUCGACCGCAUUAUCUCUGCCGAGAUCCCGUCUGCCCAAGAUCUAGAACUCCAAGAGGUCGUGCUCAAGCAUAUGAUUCACAAUCCAUGUGGAGAACGCAAUCCAACAGCCGUGUGCAUGGGCGAGCAGUACUGCAGGAAAGUGUUUCCAAAAUCGUUCAAACACGACACCAGCCAGUCUGACAGUGAGUACUACAUCACGUACCGCAGAAGGUCCCCCUCUGCAGGUGGCGUCUCCAUCGAGCGACCCUCCUUCGACAACUACUGGGUCGUUCCCCACAGUCCUCUGCUUCUACGAUCAUUCGCUUGCCAUUUGAAUGUGGAACUCUGCGUGUCACGCGUUGGCGGAAUCAAGUACCUCUUCAAGUAUGUUUGCAAGGGACAAGACCGAGUGACCAUGGAAAUCACUGCCGGGAACGAGUGCCACGAUGAGAUCUCCAACUUCCAAGAUGCCAGAUACGUUUCGGCAUCGGAGGCCGCAUGGAGGUUAUUCUCCUUUGACAUUGUAGAUCGCAAUCCUCCAGUGGUCAGACUUACGGUGCAUCUGCCCAACCACCAUACAGUAUACUUGGAGGAAGGGCGAGAGCAGGAGGCGGCGCUUCGACCAGCAUCAGGUACGAAGCUGACCGAGUGGUUUAAAGCCAACGAGAAGUACCCAAGCGCGAGGCAUCUUCGGUACCACAAGUUUCCAAGGUACUUUACGUGGAAGACACGCACCAAGUCAUGGACCUACGAUUUCAGUGGUACAGGUGCCAACGCAGUCGGUCGAAUCUACACUGUCAGUCCGAGGGAGGGUGAGCGCUACUUUCUUCGCCUCCUCCUCACACAAGUGCCAGGGGCGACAUCCUUCGAGAACUUGCGAAAUAUCGACGGCGAGCAGUGCAACAGCUUCCGACAAGCUUGCUUACGACUCGGUUUGCUGGCCGACGAUGCCGAGUGGAAGCGCGCAAUCCGAGAUUCAUUCCGGUCAAGCUUCGUUCCUCUUUCUCAUCUGUUUGCUACGAUUCUGGCACACUGCCAGCCUUCGGACCCUCUCUCGCUGUGGAACAACCACCUGGACAUGUUUCUCACCGAUAUUCGCAAUCGUGCACGCAGACAACCCAUUCGAAGACAGCAGCUUCGCGAUGAUCACCACGCCACAUCUUACGUACUUCGAGAGGUACAGGAGGCUCUGCAGACCCACGAGCGCAGCAGUGGGAAGGGCGACUACAGACGUCACUUCCUUCGUACGCGCCGUAAGCAGGUCAUCGCUGUCGCUACGUCUGCUGUUGCUGCUGUGCUGCUCGACGGUGGACGCACCGCUCAUUCCGUGUUCAAGAUUCCCAUUCCUGUAUCUGCCGAAAGCACGUGCAGCUUCUCCGCAAACUCCGACACAGGCCGUACACUGCAACAAGUCGAUCUCAUCAUAUGGGACGAGAUCGUCAUGUGCCAUCGACAUUGCAUUGAGACUGUCGAUCGCUCCCUUCGAGACUUGAUGCAAACCUACCGGCCCUUCGGUGGAAAGUUCCUCGUGCUCGCUGGAGACUUUAGACAAAUCCUUCCCGCCGUUCCGGGCGGGUCCAGAGGUCAAAUCGUGAGUGCGUGGGUCAAGGCUUCCCCGCUGUAUCGAGAGUGCCGAUUCCUGCGCCUUACCGAGAACAUGCGCCUUGCUGCUCUCCGAGCGGACCCUGCAGCAGAUGUGGAGGCUCUCAACUUUCCAGAAUUCCUCCUCAGCGUCGGGGAAGGCAGACUUCAAGGCGAACAGCGCCCGGAAUGGAUCUCACUACCACAGUCCGUUGCGUUCGAGCACACCAUCCGCAAUUUGUGCCUCAAGGUCUUCCAAGGCAUUCGAGACAAUCACGCCGACCCUGCCUGGCUCACCAAGCGCGUUAUACUCACCACAAAGAACAGGCCGCUCGAGGAAGUCAACGAGGUCAUCGGCAACAUGAUUCUGGGAUCGUAUCGAACGUAUUUGAGCGCAGACAAGGUCGAGAACGAAGACACCAACGCCCUGAUCUAUCCCACAGAAAUGCUCAACACCUUGACCGCCGGAUCUGCUCUACCAGACCACAAGCUCAAGCUCAAGAAAGGCUUCAUCGUCAUGCUUCUGCGCAAUCUCGAUCCCGCUACCGGUCACGUCAACGGCGCGCGAUAUGUCAUCGAGAACAUGACCAACAACCUGCUCUUUCUACACGUUACCACCGGGUCACACCAAGGCAACAGACUGUAUCACUGCUUCUCGCACGGUCAACUCUAUGUCGCACUAUCAAGGACUACUCACCCAGUCAACGUCACUGUCCUCACUCGAGAGUCCAAUGAAACCACGCGAAACGUAGUGUACCCCGAGGUCCUUCAGUAG